ACGUCAUUUGUGUGCUUAUCUAUCUUUCUCUAUUGCCUAUCAUAUACUGAUGUAUUUAGUGAGAAACGGCAGAUUCUAAAAGUUUUUUUUUUUGAAAAGUUAAAAGAUUUUAUGGAAUAAGAAGUGACAUUUUAGACCAAUCACAAGAAAUGAAUAUUUUCCGUUUAGCCGGGGAUUUGUCGCACGUAGUUGCAAUUAUAAUUCUCCUGUUAAAAAUUUGGAAAACUCGAUCGUGCGCAGGAAUAUCGGGAAAAUCUCAGAUUCUUUUUGCUUUAGUUUACUUAACACGUUAUUUGGACUUGUUUACUACUUAUGUCAGCCUAUAUAAUUCUUUGAUGAAGAUAUUAUUCCUGUCAGCUUCUGGAACCACAUUAUAUUUGAUGUAUGGCAAAUUUAGAGGAACUUACGACCACAACCAUGACACCUUCCGCAUCGAGUUUUUGCUGAUUCCUUGUGGCUUACUAGCAAUGAUUAUAAAUCACGAAUUUACUUUAAUGGAGAUACUUUGGACAUUUUCAAUAUAUUUGGAGUCGGUGGCAAUUCUACCGCAGCUGUUUAUGGUUAGCAAAACAGGAGAAGCAGAAUCAAUUACUAGUCACUAUCUCUUCGCGCUUGGUUCAUAUCGUGCUCUUUAUUUACUGAACUGGAUACAUCGCUAUAUUGCAGAAACUCAUUACGAUUUGAUUGCGAUAUUUGCUGGAAUAGUGCAGACUAUUUUAUACUGCGAUUUCUUCUAUUUGUAUAUAACCAAAGUACUAAAGGGAAAGAAACUACAACUACCGGCAUAAACGAUUUGAAUUGAAUUAGUGCUUUGAGUUUUAAGGUAGAGUUAUUAAAGAAUAUUUUUAAAUUGAAAUAAAUUGCAUAUAUUUAAGAGUGCAUUUUAAAUUUGUACCUAUAAUAUCUUGAAAUUUUAUAUAUGUAAUAAUAAUUUUAUGUUCUCCAAAUGAAUUGUGAUUCGUGUCAGUUCUCAUUAUUAACAAUCGUAUAGUUUAGAUUACUUUAAUAAUUACCACUUUUCUUAGAAUAUCGGAAAAUAAGUGGAAAGAUUAUGUCUACCAAAAUAGACUUCAGUAAAAUAAUAAAAAGUUAAUGCUUUUAUGUAAAGGAA